UGCUGUAAUAGACAAAUUCUUUUGUAAUUGUGGGCAUCAUGCUCAGUGAGCUCGUUUGGUGCUUCAAUGGUCCCAAGAGUAACUAAUAACUUUUCUUUUUCUUGCAUUUCAUAUGCAUGAUGUGUUAUUUUAAUUAUAAAAUUUAGCAGGUCGCUAAAAAUAAUGUGAUCACUGAUAAAGCAAAUAAAUGCCUGUAGCUUUUAAUAUCAGCAGAGGUAGCUUUCUUGAUUUUUGACAUGAAUAAUUCUGUGGUAAAAUGUUAGGAAAAGAGGAAGAAGAGGCAACUUGUAGUUUGCAGGUUAGAGAGAUGAGCAAUAACACAGGUGGUCACCCAUCUUAUAAUCUUAGUCUUUUGUAUGUUCACCCAACGUUUAUUUCUACUUAGCGGUUUAUUUCCAAAAUGCCGAAUAAUUUGCAUUUACAUGCAGAGGGCAAGAGUCUGCUCUGCGUCUGUAAGUCUGAGAGAUUAAAGCAGUAAACCUAGCACUUGCUAGGUUUGGGGUUUUUUUUUUUGUCCUGGCUCAGCGUACAACUGCUCCUAGCACACACUGAGAGAGCAGAUUGAGCAGAGCUGUUUUGCACCCAGCCUGAUUCCCUGAAUAGGUGGGAAAGGUGUGAUGUGUGGGAAGAGCCUUGUCUAUCUUCCACCCCCGUACACCUGGCAGUCUAGUUGUGCUGACACGCUGAGGCAUGUAAGCUGUGCAGGGUGUAGACACAAUGCUGUUAACUGUCUCCCUGCUGCAGGGCCCCUAGCGUUGAGCAGAUUGCCAGCUGACAAUCUAGCCAUGAAUAAUUGAAACAAAUGCAGGCUGUUUGUUUCAAUGUAUGGACAUACUGUUUAUCAGCUCUGUGUGACAUACUCAUUCUUUUAGAAAAGAUUUUGUUCUGUUACAUCUUUUCCAGGCUUGUCAAAGCAACAUAUUCAUGAUAAGGAGCAGCUCAUGUGGCAAUUUGUAGCUUGUUAAAAAUUGUUUGAAUUAUUCCAGCAUGAUAUAUAUAUGUAUGAACAGAUUUCCUUCAACUUUGGAAACGAUAUUGCUGUUUGACAAUGUUAGACAGAAGUGGAGCGCUUGUAAAUAUUCCCAAGGUAUUAACACAUCAAGGCCCAUUAUAGGUCCUGCAUUACCGCCUGGCUUUAGGAAACCUUCGCAGGACACUGGGAAUAGCAGAAGUGCCAUAGGACCGUCUGUUCCAUCAGAAUUCCAUACCCAGGUAACAGAUAGUAGCGAGGAAGAAGACGAUCUUAUAGGCCCAAUGCCUGCAAAAGGACCAGUGGAGUCUGAUGUGACGGAAGAAUUUGAACGCAGAGCUCAGAGAAUGAAGGAAAAACUUACUUCAGCAGACAGUGAUGAACCCAAGCAAGUUACAAGGGAAUCAUGGAUGACAGAACUUCCACCUGAAUUGAAAAGCUUUGGAUUUGGCCCGAGAACAUUCAAGAGAAGAGCUAAUGACAAAUCAGGCGAUAGAUCUAUUUGGACAGAUACUCCAGCUGACAGAGAGAGAAAAGCCAAGGAAAGAGAAGAGGCAAAAAAGUCAACCAGUAAGGAUAAUGAAGAAAUUGUAUUAUCUGGGAGAGACAAGAGGCUUGUUGAGCAGGUGACUUCAUACAAUGAGUCAAAGAGGUCAGAAUCACUUAUGGACAUACAUCAGAAAAAGCUAAAGAGCAAAGCGUCCGAAGAAAAGAACAAACCUCAAGAAAGAAGGCCAUUUGACCGAGACCAGGAUCUCAAAGUCAAUCGAUUUGAUGAAGCACAAAAGAAAGCUCUUAUAAGAAAAUCCAGAGAUCUGAAUACUAAAUUUGAGCACAGUAAAGGCAAUAUGUUUUUAUAACAUAAAAGCAUGAACCUUUUUUUGAAGUCAAGUCAAUUAAGCUUUGAACACUUAAUUUUUUAAGUAUUUUUCUGUAAAUAUUUGUAUGCAAAAUAAAUAUCCUGAUGUUUAACUA